AUGGCAGAAACAGAGCCCAAGGCUUCCCUGCUCACAAUCCCCCCCGAGCUUCGCGAGAUUGUGUACAAAUUUAUCCUCCAUCCAGAAGCGAACCGAAUCGAUCAUGGAAACGAGCAUGCCUCGUACCACUACUCGCCAGCUCUCGUGCUCUUCCGAAUAAAUCGGCAGAUCUAUUUCGAGUCUAGAAAAGUAUUCCGCGACUUGAAUGUCUUUGUUAAGAUCCAGACGCCAUGGCCGGAAGCUUCACGGCAUGUACAGCUCGAUGGGCAUUGCCCCAUCGUCUUAUCGCCUGGGCACAAGGCAGAUGCUUUCAACGGCCAUAGCUUGAAUGUUUCCUGUGAACCUGCGGCCCAUGUAGCUGGGAGCUAUGAAGAAUACAACUUUAUUAUCCUACUUGAAGAUCUGGACAAGUUCACAAAAAGCUGGUUCUAUUCAAACCUGUCCCAUCCUGACCUCAAUCGACAUCUCCGUCUAGGGCUGGAGCUACGGGCACCGUUCAGAUCAGACUGGGAAGAGCCGACCAUGACCAAGGCUCUUCAAAACAGGCUCUUGUACCCCUUUGGAGACGUGAAAUAUCUUCAUGAAACUGAGAUAACUGGAAAGUUAAAACCUUUGAGCUCCGUUGAGCAGGAGAUGCGAAGACUGCAGGCGAUCCCACACGAUAGCCCUGAGCACUGCCUUCGAGAGGCCACCAGGUUCAAAUUCGAAGGCAAUGCGGCACUGAAAGCAGGCGACUGUGAGACUGCGCUCAAGCUUUACAAUGAAGCAUGGCGGGCCCUUCAUGUGGUAGUCAAAGGCCGCGAGCGACAUGUUCAUGGAGAUGCUUUCUUUCGUAAGCAACUGCGAGAGGAACCUUAUGUUGGAAAGAAUGGUGAUCGAGAACGCGUGCUGUUGAGGGUACAGUUGGUGGCGAAUACGUGUGCGGUGUACUUGAAGAUGGAGAAUUGGGAAGAGUGUUUCCAUUGGGGAAUGCKAAGCAUCACGAUGAUACGGCAGGGCUUUGGCCUGGACGCCGAUACGGAAAUCCCACCCGAAGAAGAGGCCAUUCGGGGCUUUGAAGGGGCCCACUCAAUGGGAAAGAUCUACUAUCGCACUGCGGUUGCUUGCAAAGAAUUGGGCGAUGAGCCCCAGGCGAGGAAGCUGUUGAGAGUUGCGCGGGUGUAUUUGCCGAACGACAAAUCUGUGCAGAAAGAGAUUGCCGCCACUGCUUUGAGGAUAUAG